AUGGCGUCGUCGGGAGGACACCUCUUGGUCACCAAGGCCAUGAGGCUGGUCAAAUUCGCCGCCGCGAAGACGGGGAGGUUUAUACGUGACAAGAUCCCGCAGGCAACCAAGCCACUCGAGGCCGAAGUCCAGCCUGCCUACGCCCGCGUCUCUCAGCGUCAACAACCUGUCAAUCGCCUCGCUCAGAUCCGGCAGACCCAGAGCCGCUGGUAUAGCACGAACUUGCACCGUCUCACCAAUACCAGACACUACUCUUCCCGGACUGGUCCAAACGCCCGUCCGAGUCGUGCGUCCUAUCCUUCCUCACGCACUGCGGCGGCUGUAGGACGAUUGACCGGCCGUGCCCCGUUCGCAUCUACCCUUCGACCAAACCUUACGGGGGGCACUUUGUGCCGUCAUGCAGGUGGCUAUGGAUUAGGAGGUGGUCGAGUCGGUGGAGCCAGAUACUUUUCUCAUUCCCCUGCAGCGCAAGCACAGGUGGUGACCAACGUUUCCCAGGCCGUACGCGCCUUCUGGCUCUCGGGGCAAAAAGCCCGUUUCGACGGAGCCAAUCCACGAACAGGCGAGAAGCGGUUCCGUGCUGUUUCCAGCCUUCAAGAAGAUGCCAGACAUACCAUGGACAUGUCAUCAAAGACUGCACCCGGGUCCUUCAUUGACUUCAAGGUCUCCCCUACUAUUACCGCCAUUGGCCCCUUGGCCAGUGUCCCUCGUUCUCCCUCCACUGCAUCCUGCGAUUACGAGGCCCAACAAGACACCCUGAACAACACCACGCUCAUGUCCAACCUGUCAAUCGAUUUCGCCCGCGCGCUGAAAGACCUUGCCGCCGUCAUGAACGAUCUCAAGCACUUGGCAACACUGGGUGACCUUCCCAUCGCUCUGCACAAUAGCACGACCCUCCGUGUCCGCUUUCCUGGCUGCGAUGCAGAUACAGUCGAGGCCCUUUGCCGGGAACUCAACAUCAAGCGCGGCAUGGUCGGUCAAGACGAGGAAUUUGAUGCGCGGAACGGCACGGAAAUGGCCCUGCUGUUUCCCUUUGCGCCCAGCAAGACAGCCAGUGAAGCCGGCUUCAUGAAUUCUAACGACGGUGGCUACGGCAUGGGCAGACCGAUCAAGCGCAUCAAAAAAGACCGCGUCGAGUGGCAGGAGAUGCUUACCCCGCCUCAACACCACUCUGCUGGCUUCUCGCACGUUUCGGUCACGAGCAGCAAGUCGCCCGCCGACGCCUUUGAGAUGAUCAUCGACGAAGCAAUGGGCGAAAAUCCUUGGAUGUCGCGCAGCCCGUCGGGAUACUCGAGUCUGCACGAGAGUGACGAAAUGCUAGAAGCCGAGGAAGACGACGUCGCCAACAUGUACUUCUUCCGGCCGCGAAUCCAUUCUGCCGGGAGAGACAGAUACUAUCCCGAGCACUCGGUCGAUGAUGGGAAUGGGAAUGGCAACGGAUACGAGGGGCUGCAAGGGAUUUAUAGGUUCAUCGAGGAGUGUGACCGGGCGCGGUCCUGA